AUGUUUAUAAGAUCAUUAUAUCAACUUAUUUGUUGGAAAUGAUAUGAGUGGCGCUAAAGGAAGUUGUGGAUUUUUCUGCCAAAUUACAGGGACGGAAUCUGAUUGGCGUCGAAGUGGUUUUUCUAGCUAAUAAGUUUGGAUGGAAGGGUCUUGCUGGUCCAGAAGCUCAGUAAGAAAGAAUGUCGGAAAUGACGAACGCAAAAUAUCGAACCUGACGCGGACCACUUUUUUUCCAAAUAUAUCCACGAAAUGUUCUCGGAGGAGGACACAUAGCUAAUGCUCUGUUAACAAAGAUUCCCAGACGCAGACUGACUGUACUUCUGUCGAAUGAACUGCUUCUAAACUGCUUAAACUUACGUCAGUCAUUCAAAUAACUCCACUUCUGGCGAACGGCCUGAAUCGAGGUUUUAUAAACAUACAUCAGGGACGUCACCCCAGUCAUAUACCAGUGAUUACCACAAAAGUUAACGAUCUCAUCACGCUGACUGUAGAGUAAAACUACAAUGUAUGGGUCCCGUAGUCUUUCCAGGCAAAUAUCAAUUAUGUGACGUCAAGUAUACUGCUGGAGCAUCCACGAGAUUGCCGCCAGUAUUCAGAUCAGUUGAGCUGAUGAAAAACACGGAGUGAGGGUCACAACGAAAGGAAUUGCGACGAAAUUGAAAUUAUCUUUGUUCAUACAGGGAAAGUUCAUUGUGGGUUUAUUUUCAUCGAUUUUGAAGUAUUUGCCCGCUGAACUGUGGAUGAUUCAGAAUUGACUUGCAUCUUCCAGUCACGAUCGAUUGGUUUACGGGGAGGGGAUCAGUGUUUGGUUGGAGAAGAAAAACGUGAGAGUGUUUUUUACAGAAAUGAAGAGCACCGGGGGAUGAAACACAAAUCAUUGUGAGUUCGUGAUUUCCAUUAUACUGGAGGAUGUUGUGCCUACUUCUGGAGAAGCACUGGAUUCCUAGAUACAUCUUUGUCUUAAAAGGAAAAUAACUGCAUUCCAAGAAUAUACUUUUGCCAAAAUGUUAUUUUCACCGAGAUGUUUCCAAAGAGAAUGGUAGGCCUUGGGUUCGCACAAGGUUAAUUGCAUUGUGUCUAUUGGCAGGUUACGAGCAACUCGUGUCAGUAGUCACUUCGCGAGGCAACUCAACGGAACUUCACGGGAAACAGUGCGAGUAUGGUGAACAAUAUUGUUGUGAUUGAAAGCUAAUUCAUUACGUAAAGCAGUUAUACCUUUUCCUGACUAUGCCUGCUCAUAAUUUCUGAAUAGCACCGAAGAUGAAAAACACCAAGCUUGUUCAGCGUAAGUCAUAGAGAAGAAACAUCUGCCGACAAAGCGAGUAAUUCACUAUUUGCUUUAACAGAGACUGCAUGUGACGCACGAACUCUGGAGAAGCAAAAGAUUUUUCUUAUAAAUCUUGGCUCACUUCUGCAUUGAUAGAUGCGGUGUAACGAAAGGAAAUCAGGAUUCUGGCCAACGGUAUAUACCCCAUAAAAGCGAUUGAAUUAGCUGUCGAGAAGUUAUGGCUCAGAGACUUGCCAAAGGGAUUGCAGCGGUGAUUCUGGAAAACGCUUCUGCAGCAACGGUAUUGUUUCCGUCGUCCAACGACUUUAUUUCUUACAAGAAUAACGAUAAAGAUAUGUGGCACAGACCAGUGCACGCAAUUCCCCAUUUGGAAGCCACUAUGUUGCCAAAAAACGCAUCCAAUUUUACUUCAAAUUAUACAUUGUUUAACAAAGAGGAAGCGUUGCGAGCCAAGUUUGGUGGAAGUACGGAUGAAGGCCUUUUAGCCGUUUUGACUAUAGUGUACUGUACUAUCUUCGUAACGGGAGUUGUGGGAAACGUAUGCACGUGCAUAGUUAUAGCCAGGAAUAAUUGUAUGCAUACGGCGACCAACUACUAUUUGUUCAGUUUGGCCGUUUCAGACCUGAUGACCAUAGUGAUCGGUUUGCCGCCUGAUUUGGUUCUAAUCUGGAAACCUUUCCCAUGGAUAUUUGGUGAACCGUUUUGCAUCUUCAAAAACUUUGUCUCCGAAAUGACAUCCUAUGCCUCUAUUCUGACUAUCACCGCCUUCACCGUGGAGAGGUACGUUGCCAUAUGUCACCCAAUUAAAUCACAAACUAUGUCCAAUUUAUCACGGGCUGUGGUUAUAAUCGUGAUCAUAUGGGUAAUAGCCUGCGUCUGCGCCCUACCUUUCCCAAUAUUCACAAGGACUUUCUACGACAUCUUCGACCAUGAAGGAAAGCCGUUGGAAGAAUCCCUGGUGUGCAGCAUCAGUUUUGAAUUUUUAGAAGCACUGCGGUACAUGGUUCAAAUCUCUGCUUUUGUGUUUUUCGUGGCACCAAUGACAACUAUUAUUAUUAUGUACAUACUGAUUGGGAUCACCCUGAGGAAGUCCGCUGCCUUGGCAAGGGCUUCGUCGGCAGAGAGACGAAGUAACGGACAUGCCCACAACACCAGUGGUCUUGGACAUGGCAGUUCGGAUGCCGUUUCUGGUGUGAGGAAGACUGCUCUAAGAGUAUUAGUGGCUGUAGUCAUAGGUUUCUUUGUGUGUUUUGCACCAUACCACUGUCAACGCUUGAUGACGCUGUAUGUUACCAAGUGGACAUCUGUCCUUCACAAGGUGCACAGCCAUCUCUACUAUAUAUCAGGUGUGCUUUAUUUUGUCAGCUCAACAGUUAACCCUAUACUGUACAACGUCAUGUCAAAGAAAUAUCGUGAAGCGUUCAAAAAUUUAUGUCAUGGAUCCAACUGUGUGCGUAAGAAUCCACGAAUGGCGAGAGGAAGCCUUGGUUCCGGAAGUCGGUUUCCAAUGAACAGUUUCAGACGUACUUUUUCUACAAGUAUGUACACAGAAUCACCCCGAAACAAUUCUCGAACCACAGUAUUCGGACACCAUAAUUUUAGCGGAUCGAGAGGUCACCAGCAUGCAAAACAAGACAGUUCUUCCGCUCUUUUGGCGCCAAAUAUGGGUACGCGGGAUACUUUUCUAUCUCGCGAAGCUUUGCGAGAUCAAAGGAAGAGCGGAGAUUCAUUGAACACUAACUUACAUAAAUGUCCAAAGGAAACUUUUCUCACCCAAAAUUCUACGUGUUUGGAUGAUCAAACAAUCAAACCGUUACUGGCUAGGGCCACUAACAAAUCUCUAGCUGAUGGUAAAAUUGACCAUGUCUGAAACAUUUCAAAGCACAAGGGGAUUUUGAAAAUAUAUACAUAUAUAACGCACUGCUCCAUGAACGUGGCUACAUUGUGGCAUACAGGUCUUUUGCCUUACAGGGGAAGCUUUGAUUCGCUUCUUUUCAACACCUGACUGCGAACUCAGAUCGCUAUAGAUUUUAUUGACCAUAAGCGGAAAAAAACUGAAUGGAACUCGUUACUUUAUUCAUAGGUCAAAAAGCUUCUUCGGCCAAAAGACGCAUAUAUUCGUGUCAUCGUUGUCAAAUACACAUGAACACGAGCCUUUGUGAGAUUAAACUCUUUCAAUGGGCUAAACAGAGCACAUUUUAUCUGUGGACCUUAAAACAGUUCGAAAGCUCUAUAAAAUUGCCACAUACAAGUUUGACAAAAGUAUAUUUCCUGUGUUAAUUGUCAGAUGUUGUAUAUCUCCAUGUACAUAUGUUCAUUUUAUCGACAAGUUCGCAAUGGGCAAAGGGUAAACGGAAUCAGCAUGAAAAAAUUACAUAUGUGUUUUUUGUGUGUACGUACCAAAUGUAACUAAAGUGCACGUGGUUUGGCCUA